UUUUUUUGUUAACAUUAUUCAAUUCAUUUCUAAUUUUCUACCUAUCUUUCGUCACUGCUGUUUGAUCAAAACCAAGUCUAAUAAAUAUGGAUAAACAGAACAUAAAAGCACCUUUUGGUGUUGUAGAUAUGGGAUCGAAUGGCAUUCGAUUUGGUAUCGUCAGUGCGCUUGCCCGUCACUUACCCGUAGCCUAUGAAGAACGAGCUCCUAUCGGUCUGCUUUUAGCACAAGGUGACGAUGGGAUUAUUCCUUCCGCAGUUAUUGACGAAGUUAUCACUAGCUUUUUGAGGUUCAAGAGGUUAUGCCAGGACGCUAAAGUAGACGUAAAUGAUAUCCGUGUCAUUGCUACGGAAGCAACACGUAUUGCCAAAAAUUCCAAGGAAUUUAUUGAUAGAAUCUAUGAAGCAACGGGAUGGAAUGUUACACUAUUAUCUAAACAGGAAGAGGCAUUGAUUUCAGCGUCUGGUAUUGUUGGUUCCUUCAAUCAAGUGAAUGGUUUAACAAUGGACCUUGGUGGUGGAUCCGUUGAAGUAAGCUACGUCAUGACAUCAGUUCCUAUAGCAGAGAAUAGUAGCAACAAUAGGGGUUCAGACGGCAACAUUCGCGUUUCAUCUAAUCCUGUAUCAAUGCCUUAUGGUGCUGCGGCUUUAAAGAAGAGACUGGAAGAAUGUCAAUCAUCGAAGCAGAGGCAUGCAUUAUAUAAAGAAGUUGUAGCCGAAGUGAAGAAGGCCUAUAAUGAAACAAAGCUUCCCAGCAGCUUAUUGACAAAAGAUGGUUACAAUGUCUAUAUGAGUGGAGGAGGUUUCAGAGCUUUAGGCUACUUAUCCAUGGCCGUGAGUGCCCAGGACAGAUACAUGCCAAAGUGGACUACUAAUCGUCAACAUGUUUACCCAAUACCCAUUAUCAACGGUUAUUCUAUGUCAGGCAAAGAAUUGAAAAAGUUAGCUCAACGAUACAAAGAUAAAGAUCCCCAUGAUUUGAUGAAGCGCUUGAAAGUGUUUCGUAUAUCCAAGCGUCGUGCCAGUAUGAUCCCUGCUUCUUGCUUUUUGAUGUCUGCCAUUCUUGAGGUAUUUAAAAUCAAGCGUAUCUAUUUUAGCGAAGGCGGAGUCCGCCAGGGGUUCUGUUACCAACUCUUAUCGCCGGAAGAAAAGAGAAGAGAUCCUUUCUUGGAAGGAGUCAAAGCUUAUGCAGCUCAAUCAAGCUUUGCUCUCACACAAAAGGAAUUUGACGCUAUUUAUGACAUACUUGUUGACGCACUUCCUGUUCUUUUUAUGGAUCCAAGACACCCUUUGCAAUUAUACCGUUUGUUGCCUGCUGCUAUUCAUUUGUCUAACCUUACCUCACAUUACCCGAAAGAAACUCGUGCGUUUGUGGCUUUCCAUAUGCCAUUGGCUAGUGGCCCUUUGGCAAAUGUACCUGGUAUUAGUCAUAGAGAACGGGCCAUCCUUUCCAUUAUCUUGGCUUAUCGCCAAGGAGGUGCUGUUCCGGACCCAAUCUUCUAUGCUAUUCAAGCCAUGGUAGGCCGUCGUGGUAUUGCCGUCUGUAAAUAUUUGGGGAGAUUAAUGGAAUUGGUAUUUGCUGUAUCUCCACUACAUCCUGGUGUAGGUUUGAUUGAGAGUGGACUCUCUUUCACUACCAUCGUUUAUGCCGAGGACUCUGAUAGUAGCUCCGUCUCAAGUAACAGUAGCAGUAGUGGUGGCAAUAGCUCAAGCAGCGACACAGAUUCGGAUGAUGAGUUCGAUGAUAGUGCUAUCGAACGAGAUAAUGCUAGUGAUUAUCCAUCAAUGCAUUUGAAAAUAACUCUGCCGAAAGAGUUUUCUCCCUUAGUAGAUGCGCCAGCUGUCAUGUCAGUCAUUGAAACUUUGGAUAAAAAAGUUAAUACGAAGAAAUUCGAUUGGGAUGAAGAACGUAGACGUUUGAAAUGCCCCAAUCUCUUUUCAGUCGAAGUCUGUAGACAGUAAUAUGAGUUCUUCAAUUAUCAACCCAAAUACUACAUUUAUACGAUAUACACCACUUCUGUACAUAUAACGUUGCAUUUUCUUUUUUACCAGAGUAUUAAUAAACGAAAUAUAGAAUAAAACCGAGAUAGACUAAACUACUCUUAACAAUUUUUUUUACCGAACACUGCCUAAAUAGAGACGUUUUAGUGCUUUCUCGUCUUUACUAUUGUUAAAUGGUGCG